AUGGUAUUAGAUUGUGUUUAUUUUUGUCAACGUACAACAGUUAAAUUAAAAGAUAAAAAGGAACAAAUAUCAUCAAAAUCGCUUGAUUAUGAACAAUCAGGUGCAUUUCGUUGUAUAUAUGGUGAAAUAUUAAAUAAUGCUGCUGAUAUAACAAAAGGUAUUAGAAAAAGAUCGAGUAUAAAUACAAUACGUGGUUCAAUUGAAAUUCGUCAAUUAAUUCAAUCAAUGUUAGAAAACUGUUCAUUUGAAUUACGUUUAUUUGAAACAACACAAUGUUUAUUACAACGCGAUUUAAAUGAUGAUAUUCAAGAAAUGUGUACAAUUAUUAAUAGUAGUGUACCAAUACGUUUAAAUCAAUAUAUUGAUAAAAAUCAACAGCAAAAAAAUAAAUUUGUUAUAUUUGCCUGUCGACAUGUUUUUCAUUUACGCUGUUUUAUUGAAAUUCAAACAGAACAAUCAAAUAAUAAUUUCUGUCUACAAUGUACAACAAAUCAAUCAUCAACAACAACAUCAAUUGUACGACCAGAAUUAAGACGAUUAACAGCAAUACACAGUGAUCAAAAUGAUAAACAAAUUUCUUUGAAUAAUAUUCAACAACAAGUUAUUACAGCAAUCCUUGACAGAAAACGUUUAAGAAAGAGUCCACCACAGGAUCGAGAAACCCCAUACUCCAAAAAAAAAAAUUUUUUUACGGAUUAA